AUGUCGAGCUGCACUUUCGCCACUCCACGUGUCGAAGUGAUUAGGUCGCGGGGAUCUCCUCUCAGCGCGAGAGCCGCGCGCUCCUCCUCCUCGUCCAAAUUUCCGGCGGCUUCCGUGAUCGGUCAGACAAAUACCGACACUUCGCACGAGAGGCUGCUCUCCCUCGGCGUGUUUCCCCGGCUGAAGGAAAAGGCUGGGGAUGAGCAGUACCCUUUCGUCGUGUUCAGCGCGCCGCCUUCUGGCAGCGAGGACUACGCCGCCGAGGUCGAGGCAGCCCUGAAGUACUGGGAUGGCAGCGGCGCUUUUGUCUUCACCAGCAGCACGGCGGUGUAUGCCGGCAAGGACGGAGAGCCUUGCGAUGAGAGCACGCCUCAGUUUGAGAUUGGGGAGUCACCUCGCGCGGAUAGGCUGCUGAAGGCCGAGGCGGCGGUGCUGGCCGCGGGUGGGAGCGUCGUUCGUCUCGCGGGACUGUAUCACUCACAGCGGGGUGCUCACAUGUACUUUCUGAAAACCCCCUCUCUUGCAUCCAACGCUGACGGUCUGGUCAACCUGAUUCACUACGAGGACGCGGCGGCGGCGUGUGUCGACGUGCUCGUUGCGCAGUUUGAGGGAAGGACAGGCGGAGGGGAGGUUUUCCUGGCCACAGACGGCGUGCCCGUUACCAGGAAGGAAAUGGUCGAGUGCUGCUUGGAGAGCGAUGCCUACGACGGAAACAUGCCGGAAUUCACGGAGGACAAUGGACCCCUGGGUAAGAGCAUGAACAACCCUCAAACUCGUGAGAAACUCGGCUGGGUUCCGGUGCACGCGAGCUUCGUCGAGUUUGUCGAGGCGGGUGCGACGGAUUCAUUCUAUCCCAAGCGCAGGAAGAGCACUUGGAAGUAG